AGGUUUUCUUCGCAGCUCCACCGAGGACGUCUAACAGAGGCACAAAUCUGAAGUUUUGUUUUCCUUAAAUUCCGCCUGGUCCUUGUGAAAUGCCGUUUGUGGAGGAUGCUGCUCAUCUCUCUAAAACUCGACUAAAGUCAGAUUUAGUUGCUCAUAACGUCGCGCUGCCACCCGCGGCGAGCAAAAAGGAGGUCUAUGUGGAGCUGCACCUCAAACACAUCCAUCAGAAAAACGCUGCGAAUUUCUCCAGUGACGAGGACGACUGUGUAGAAGAAGUUCCAGACAAGAAGGAUCCAGACGAUGCAGAGAUGCCUGUUCCCAGUAGCUUGACUGAUGAUGACCUCAAGGCUGCGCUACUCAAACGUGGGGUUAAAGCUGGGCCUAUAGUUGCCUCCACCAGGGCCUUGUAUGAAAGGAAGCUCCAGAAACUGCUGCAGUCUGAUAGACACAAAAGGUUGAAUGAAGCAGCGAAAGCCGUUCUGUACUCUGACUCUGAAGAGGAGGAAAAUCAGGAAGAGGAUGAAGAAUCACGUUCAGAACAACAAAUGCGUGACCAGCCAGACAAGACCGAACAGGAGAGCAGCCAGAAUCACGUUUUUUACCCACAGUGUUUUUUACCCUCAUCAAAGCUGCGUGCUUGUCCUCGUAGAAACAUGGAAUCUAGUUCCAACUGGAAUUCACGGAAUGUGUUAAAGUCUUCAGAGUGGAGUCAGUCUAACUACUCACAGAUUAGUAGAACAUCCUCUGCAGAUCACCACACAGGAUUAGGGUCAAGGGUUCUACCUAGAUCCAAGUCAGUUAUGUCCAAUGAUGGCUCAUCAUUUUCCUCACAGUCCUUCAGCAUCACUCAAAUGGUUGAGGAGAUGGAGAAUCGGAGCUCACUUUCUAUUACAGACAGUGAGAGAGAGUUCAAAGGGAGCAAUGUGCAAGAAAAUCAGUCACAGUCCAGCAGGGUUUCUCAGGAACCUGUGAGGUAUACUUUGAAGGACAUCCUUCUAGACAAUAAGACCGAGCAAACGGGGAUCUAUGUCACUUGUCGGAGACCCAUCAAGGGUGCUGCACAGAGACCUGUCCAGUAUGCAUACCCAGGCAGUCCUGUGAGUCCCACGACCCAGAGGAGACAAGAGGUGGAACGCCAUCUUGUACCCAUCCACAUCCAGAUUUUAGUUUUCCUAAUUGUAGCAUGUGUCCUGUACCUUCUUUAUGUUAAUGUUGAAGACUGUUGAAACUACUGGUGAUGGAAAAACUUCUGCGAUUGUUUCUGGGAGCAAACUGCAAAGUUCAGUUUUACAUUUUUGUAUUUCUAUGUGUUAUGCCAUGAUAAUCUUGUCACUGUUAGCUAUUCCAAAACACUCAGACAAAAUUGAUUUUUUU